GGCCCGACGUGGGAGCUACUGCCGGCUGCCCAACUCAGGAAAGGCAUCUCGGGUCCCAACAUGUGGGAGGAAGCGGGGGGCUCCGUGACCUUGCUGUGCCUCACGGCCAGCAGCGGGGUCCCCUUGUAUUGCAGGAGUCGGGGCAGCUCUGCCAAGCAGCAGCUGCCCUUCUCUGUGAUAGGCUCCCUGAAUGGGGUUCAUAUGUUUGGCUCCAACCUAGAUGUCCUGCUGACAGCUGCCUGCACAGAGAAUAUUCGUGUGGUUUGGAAAGUGUUUCAUAACAGCAUCACCCUGAUUGUCCUGUCUUCAGAUGAAGGUGCCAGCGACUUCAGCCUUGGGAGGCUCCUUGAGAAUGUCUUCAGUGCCAUGGUGCUGGUAUUGGGCUUGGAGGAACUGGUAAAUGCACGCAACAUCGAACGCCUCAAAAAGGACCUGAAGGCAUGUUUCAAACUGAUUGACAGCUUCCUGGAGCCGGGCAAAUGCAGUGCUGAUCUGACCCAGUGUGUGGAAUGUGUCAUUAUGCCCUCCAGGGAAAUACUGCAGGAAUGCCUGGAAGCCUUUGCCUUGGCAGCCGAGUCCCGGUUCGGCAGCCUACUUGUGGGCGGCCGGGUGCUGUGUGCAACGGAGCAGUGGUGGCAGCUGGCAGCCCCGGAAGCCAUGCUGCUAGUGUGGCUGGUGCGCUCCCUCCCGCCCCACACCUCCCGCGAUCUCCCUGUUUACCUUCCUCAUGGCAGCCCCACGGUUCCCCACCGCUUCCUGACCUUCCAGCUCGUGCCUGGUUUGGAAGUGGUGCUGCUCUGUGGGCCUAAUCCCUCCUUACAGCGCGUAGCUGAUGAGCUAGUGAAGAAAUUUUGGCAACCGCUGUUGGAUCUCCUGAAGGCAAGUGCCAGAGCCCCUCCUCGCUGCCUGCCUCCUGGCAUCCCUCUUGCCCCCGGCAUCCUGGGGCUGUUGCUGAUCAACCAAGAGCAGAGGAAAAGCCUCUUCACCGUGCAGCCUCAUGGUACCGGGACUGAAGGAUCUGAGAUGCCCCUGAAGAGUCGGCUUUCUGCCCUCCGCUCCUUCUACGCCUUAGCUAUCUCCUUGUACUUCCCCUGUGAGAAGCCAGAAGAAAGCGCAGCUCCUUUGCAGGAGGAGUUCCAGGCUGGCUUCUCCCACUGCCCCCAGCACUGCUAUGUGGUCUACACCACCCACAAGACCUAUGCUAUCCAUAGGAGACGGCAUCAGCUCUUCCUGGUCGUGAAGCCCGAUGUGCCCACCUUUGCUCUGCGCUCCCUGGCAAGCUCCACACUGCAGGCCCUCACAGCCGAGGACUCAGGCUUCUGAAGGGUUGCGCCCUGCUGGACUCAGAGGUGAAACUGCGGGUGGUAAGAUGGGAGGCCCUGAACGUUUCUUGCAGGCUGUGUUUAUCUGUAGUGGAGCAGCCUGGUUUUGUGGAAGAACUUUCAAGAGAGGAAUUACACAGAGUAAUUCCACUCAGCCCCUGCCCCUUUUUUUUAAGGGGAAAGCAACAG